ACCUGCUGAAUAAAUACGCCCAGCAGCGGGAUUUUAAAACCAUGAACCCCCAAUGGAACCGAUCCCGGCGUUUACCAUCCUCUGCGCGCUGUUGCAUAUAGUUUCUUCUCUCAAAUGCCUGACAUGUACUGCGGAGGACUGGGCCUCCUGCCUGGGGACUGAAACAACCUGCGAUGCCUCGGUGAGCUCCUGCGUUUCUGCCAUCAGUACAGUGCUCACAGGUGGCGGGAAACGUGUGACCAAAGUCUUCCGGUCGUGUUACCCCACUGCCCUCUGUGACAAGCCCGUCUCCUUCAACGUCACCACGUCAAGCGGGCACGUCAAUUUAAAAUGCUGCCAGACGGAUAGCUGCAACACUGAACACGUGACGGCAUCUGAAGACAGGCCGCUGGCUAAACUGGAGUGCUAUGGCAGCUUUGGAGUGAAACCAAAAUGCAGAUCGAAAGUAAAAUGCUCCGCCAGUGAAGACCACUGUCUCAAAAUAGGAACCGAAGGGCGGAGAGAGGAUGGCGUUAAGGGAUGCGUUUCGAAAAGCCUCUGUGACGUGGACUCCCCAGCGUCGCGGUUCAUCCAGGACUCCCUCACUGGGAGAAGAUUCUGCUGCAAAACCAAAGAUUGCAACAGCGCCCGGCCUCUAGAUCCGAGCUCCCUGCUCAUACUGAUUCCCCUCUCAGCCUUCUUCCUCUGAACCAUAGCGUGCCCUGCCACUCUGGCUCGAAAUGGCUUCAUCGAACCAAUUCAUUAAACCUCCAUCCAGACCCUGCAGUCGGUCAGCCUCUCACUGUACCUGUUAAACAAACCUGGAGUGGACUGACGGCCCUCCAGGAUCGUGAAUGACUGAUUAGACACCCCUGUUCUAAAUAAUACAACGCAGUCUUUUAUUAUGGUCUGAAACGGCAUUGCAAUGGUUCUGUACUGAGUUCUGUAUUGAGAAUUCAUAGACUUCAAUAUAAAUAAGUGAGUGUAGUUACCAAGGCAUCAAAAGCCUACCAUUGUAAUAAAUAAAUAAAUAAAUAAAUAAAUAAAUAAAAUCCCUAAAUAUUACUAGUUACGUCAUAUGCCCUGCAGGUUAGAUCAGCUAGUGUGUUCUAGUAGUAAUCGCCAGCGCCCUCUAGUGCACAGCGAGUGUACUGCAGCAUGAAAGACCUUAACGUGUUUUUUUUUUUCUAAGAACCGCACAGAAUUGUUACAAACGGUAUUACUACAGUAGAAGAUAAUGAGUGUGAAGCUACUGCAAUGCUUGUAAGUGUUGCAUAGAUCUAAUUUAAUCAAUUAAAACCCUCAUCCACACCGUGAAGUCGUUCAUGACCUCAUUUUACCUGUUAAACAAACAUGACGUGGACCGCGCCUCCAGGGCCGGGAUUGGACAAGAAGCCGGGUUUAUUAAUUAGCAUCGGUGCUUGGCUGCACUAAAACACACGC